UUGACGUCUGUCAAGGGCGUUAGCCGUUGAGCGCGCUGGCUUUGGCUGAAUCAACCCGGUUGUGUGGGGCGCUGCUCGAGCAAGGAUUCUCUGCGACCCUCCGUCUGUUUGCAUCCUUACGGGGAAUAAAUCUCUCGAUACUAACCGGCUUGCUCCCGGAAAAGAGACAGUUAUUCAAGACCCAGUCAUCUUCCAGUGGACACCAAGCCCAGCAUUUGCAGCGUCCGCAGUUUGGCAGUUUUGCCAGGGUUUGCCACAUUGAAGCAUGGCUAAUGGACAGGACCGGGUAGUAGCUCUAGUGGACAUGGACUGUUUUUUUGUUCAAGUGGAGCAACGGCAAAAUCCUCAUUUGAGGAAUAAACCUUGUGCAGUCGUACAGUAUAAAUCAUGGAAGGGUGGUGGAAUAAUUGCAGUGAGUUAUGAAGCUCGUGCAUUUGGGGUCACUAGAAACAUGUGGGCAGAUGAUGCAAAGAAGUUAUGCCCAGAUCUUCUCCUGGCACAAGUUCGUGAGUCCCGUGGGAAAGCCAACCUCAUGAAGUACCGGGAAGCCAGUGUGGAAGUGAUGGAGGUAAUGUCUCGUUUUGCUGUGAUUGAACGUGCCAGCAUUGAUGAAGCUUAUGUAGACCUAACCAGUGCUGUACAAGAGAGAUUACAAAAGCUACAAGGUCAGCCUAUCUCAGCAGAUUUGUUGCCAACCACCUACAUUGAAGGGUUGCCCCAAGACCCUACAACAGCAGAAGGGACUGUUCAGAAAGAGGAAAUGCGAAAGCAAGGCUUAUUGCAAUGGCUUGAUUCUCUUGAGACUGAGAACGCCACCUCUCCAGACCUACAACUCACCGUGGGGGCAGUGAUUGUGGAGGAAAUGAGAGCGGCCAUCGAGAGGCAGACUGGUUUUCAGUGUUCAGCUGGAAUUUCACACAAUAAGGUCCUGGCAAAACUGGCUUGUGGACUAAAUAAGCCCAACCGCCAGACGCUGGUCUCACAUGGGUCAGUCCCACGGCUCUUCAGCAACGUGCCUAUUAACAAAAUCCGUAGUCUCGGAGGAAAGCUGGGAGCCUCUGUCAUUGAAAUCCUGGGGGUAGAGUACAUGGGUGAACUGACCCAGUUCACUGAAUCCCAGCUCCAGAGUCAUUUUGGGGAGAAGAACGGAUCUUGGCUAUAUGCCAUGUGCCGUGGAAUUGAACACGAUCCAGUUAAACCCAGGCAACUUCCCAAAACCAUUGGCUGCAGCAAGAACUUCCCAGGGAAAACGGCUCUGGCUACUCGGGAGCAGGUACAGUGGUGGCUUUUGCAAUUAGCCCAGGAAUUAGAGGAGAGACUGACGAAAGACCGAAAUGAUAAUGACAGGGUAGCCACGCAGCUGGCAGUGAGCAUUCGUGUACAAGGAGACAAACGUCUCAGCAGUCUGCGCCGCUGCUGUGCCCUUACCCGCUAUGAUGCUCACAAGAUGAGCCACGACGCAUUUGCUGUCAUCAGGAACUGUAACACUUCAGGGACACAAACCGAAUGGUCCCCUCCCCUCACAAUGCUUUUCCUCUGUGCUACCAAAUUCUCCACCUCUGCCCCUUCAUCUUGCACAGACAUCACUGUCUUCUUGAGUAACGACUCAAGUUCUCUGCCAAAGGUGCCAGUUGCCAGUCCAGAAACUAAGACCCAGGGAAGUGGCCCAUCGGUGACAGCCACUAAGAAAGCAGCCACUUCUCUGGAAUCAUUUUUCCAAAAAGCUGCAGAAAAGCAGGAAGUCAAAGAUGCUUCACUUUCAUCCCUUACUGCCACUUCCCAGGCCCUCAAGAGCAAUUCACCACUGAAGCUCUCCUUACCUUUCCAAACCAGCCGUACUACAGGAAUAGAGCCCUUUUUUAAGCAGAAAAGUUUGCUUCUGAAGCAGAAACAGCUUAAUGAUCCUUUGGUUGUCAUCCCUCCACAAAAUCUGCAGUCUAGCCCUAAAAAGUUAUCAAAGUAUUUUCCAACAAAAUAUCCAGAUUCUGCCCCCGUCUGUGAAGAGGUUUUGAAGCUUGAAUCCUUUAAAGCAACUCCUGCAGAGAUGGAUUUGGCUCCAAACAGCCGGAGCAGGCUUGCCUCUUUAACCUCCCAGUCUGCUCCGGAGGGCGCUCAGAAGGCAACUGCCACCACAAGCCUGCUGGUUACUGAGGACCAAGUGCCCUGUGAGAAGUGUGGCUCUCUGGUACCUGUGUGGGAGAUGCCGGAACACAUGGACUACCAUUUUGCACUGGAGUUGCAGAAAUCCUUUUUGCAGCCCCACCCCUCACGCCCGCAGGUUGUGCCUGCCAGUUCUCCUCAAGGCAAAAGAAAUCCUAAGAGCCCUUGGGCCUCUAGUAAUAAACGCCACAGGCCUGAGGGCAUGCAGACCUUGGAAUCAUUUUUUAAGCCAUUACCACCCUAAGUGCUGUCCUCAGGCUUGCUGCGCUGUUUUAAUAUUUUAUCUGUAACCUGGGAAAUGGAAAUAUGUUUACUUUUUAAGAAAAUUCAUAACUAUAAAAAAUUUAUAAGAAAAAUAAUUCAGUUAAAUACUGCAUGUAGGCUUUUAUUUCUUCACGGGCAUGGAUUCUAAUUUCACUGCAAAGAGAAAUGUAAAAAUUUGUCUUCCAGAGAUACAACUGCUUUGUGUUUUUAACCAUAAAGUGUUCAGGGGGGCAGUGUUGUUACUGAACAAGAGGUCCGAGGGAGGGGGGGCAAUAUUUGGCCCACCUAGGGAUGCCAAAAACUGCUACACAACAGGGGCCCCUUCCAAGGACAAAAUACUAAUAUCUACUGGGCUCUUCUGUCCGCCGCCAAUUGGAAAGACAUCUCUCAAUGCCAGAGAUUUGUGAAAAGGAAACAAAAUGUUUAUUUAAUGCUAUUCAGGCCUAACGCCUCCACUAAAAUAUAUACACCUACACCCACACAGCGCUCCCUUCUCCCACUGUCCCAACUCCGGGUACCGUAAAUCAGGAAAAGAGCACACGUCUGUGUUGCAGGCCCCUGGUACCGUCAGCUGUGUCAGGCAGGAUCUCUAGUUAAUCCAGAGUACUGUGGUACCCUCUCACCUCACCAAGAGGGGGUCCUCACUCUGCUGAAACCGCGUGGCUCUCUCUCUCAAUGGCUGCUGUGUCUGCCUUUUAAAUCCUCGCACCCAUCUUCCUCUGUACCGCUAUUUCCGACUCCUCCCAAGAUCAGUUACACCUGCCAGUAUUUCUGUAUUAAUACAAGUUUACUGGGCUGCCAUCGUUAGUCUGGGCAGUAAUCAUCCCAUGUCCUAGAGCCAAUCUUCUCCAAGCUCCUACGCAGGCGCUGUAACUUGGGGGACCUGCCUCCAGUUACAUCUUGGGGGAAGUGACUUCAUCCCCCUAGCUCCAAGCCUGGUCAUAGCCAUUUAACAUACCCAAGUGACCCGCCAAAGGCUAUAGAUAUGUUAAAAGACAAUGCCAUGGAUUAGCUGCAAGGCUGUGGCUGUACGAAACAGCCCUACAUGUUUCUGCUGCAUGUGUCCCUUCCCCCCAACUCACACCUGUGGGGGGAAGGGGUGAGGACAUCUUAUAUGUCUCUCCAAUAUUCCUAUACACUUUGAAUUCUGGGCACCAUUUCAAAUCUUUUUUGCGCCCCCCCCCCCCCCGGCUGCACCCUGUAUCAGUGUCAUAUAGUUGAAUUGAAACCUGGGCCAUGGAGCCUUGGAGCUCUGGUUCCAGACCUGACACUGCCUCUCGUAUGGUAGUGUAUAUGGCCUGGAGCAAGUCACUUUCCUUACUCUCCCUCGUCUUUGAGAUGAGCAGAAUUGAGAUAAUGCCUUACAGAUUACUGAAGAUUAAGAACAAUUUCUUAAAGUACUGUAGCAGAGAAGGAACUGAGUAAAAAAGUUUUUAGAAAAAUGUCCCCCCUUCUUCUGUGACGGGCUACUCAGCAGGUUCUGAAUUUCAUACAGGCAAACUGUGUGGAUAGCCACAGUUUUAGCCUUGGCCCUUCUACCUCUUGCAUCUUGCUCUAAUGUACAGGAUUGCUACUGGACCACUUAAGGAACCCUGCUUAGACUGGGUAGUCAUGACCAGGACUAGAUUACCUCUAGAACCUCUCUACUCGCGUGAGGUUGAGCAGCAGCAGCAUCGGGGAACUUGUUAAAAUUGUCGCGGCUUCACUUCCACCCCAGCUGAAUCAGAAUCUGUAUAUUAACAAGAUUCCUCAGGGUAUAUCUUCAAGUUUCAGAAAUACUGAUCUAGAAGAAACCAACAGCUGGCCAGAUUUGUAGAGAGCAUUUUCUUAGACCCUAGACUACAAAUUUAAAGGGUAAGUACUUGGGCCUUCAGGGUCACUGGUGUGCUCACGUUUCCCUGUUGAAGUGACUGUUUAGCUUAGGGUUUUGAAUUGUAGCUUUUUGCUCUUGUCUGCAUUUAUAGUGCUGUAAUUUUUGUCUCUGCUAUGUGGAAAGUCAGGGUUUUUUUUUCUUUUCUGAUAUGGGGGCCCUUGAAUAACACUGAAGAUGAGCCAAGUUACCUGGCAAUGAGGGAGUGCAGAAGCAGGGACAAGGGUGCACAUUAUCUCCCCUUAGAUAGAUCUACAAAAAUCAACUGCUUUUUAAGCUUAUUUAUAAACUGCGGGGGGGGGGUCUGUUUUUAGUUUGAAGCAGGGGGAAAACAAUUGAAAACCACUAGGUCUAACAGGAAAUAUCUUCCUCCAAAAAUAUUUAAAUGUCUAAUAAAAGACAAUAUUUACUCUAUACAUCGUCCUUUCCCUACUAGGUCUGUAGUUUCUUGGAGGCAAGAAUUUUUCACAGUGCCUUGCACAUAACAGAUGCUUAAUAUUAAUUGGAUGAAACAUAUAUAAUGAAAAAUUAUAGGUGGUUACUGGGACUAGAAGAAUAAAAAUAUACAUACUACUGGGGGACAGGGGGCUUUUAUCCUUUCAAAUGUUCUCUUGACCUGAAGUGGCUCACUGGAGUUCCUGGAGGAGUGUCAUUAAAGUACUGAGAUGAUUUUCUAAAAUUUUUCUUCUUAACCCAGGAAGAGCUUUUAGAAAAUUUUAAAAAUAAAAAUGCAUUUUUGUUCUUUAACAGGUGAUUAUGUGCAGGUUUCAUAUUUCAAAUUCACUUAUAACCUAAGAAAAAUUGUUUUAAUUCAGUGGUGUAUAAGAAUGAAUUAUGCCAGGAUGCCAUCAUUUCAUAUCUGCUGUCGUUGAUGGCGGCCAGAAGCCCAGCUGGGGUCCUACCAGGAGCUUAUUGAUAGGAGCUUGUGGAGAAGCAACAAUGGAAGAAGGUAUUUAGACUGUAAGUACUGAGAGUUUGAGGAUUAUUUGAGAGUUUUGGUUUGGAUGAGGUCUCUUCACUAACCUACAAACUCUCUAGAAACCUUGGAGACAUUUGCUCCUACUCAUGUGCAGUGGUGUUAAACCCACGCAGGGCCUCAGAAGUGAUGAUAUUCGUGGCACCUCAGCCCUCCUGCUGACACCCCUGCCCUGGUUGCCUAGCGAUGAGCUCUAGCAACAGGGGACUUUUACUUUUGUGCUGGCAGCUGGAGAUCAGCUUUUUGGUGGCUCUGCUGCCAACUUUUUGGAGUGCCUCUUGGUAUAAAAAGGUACACUUUGUAUUAAGUUUGGACUUUACUCCUUCACCUCCCCUUGAUUAGAACAAUAGUGUGGCUAAUCUAUUAUUUGGUAUAUAUUACUUCUUUACUUGGCUUAUUAAGAGAGAUAUUGUGUUCUGGCUGGUGUGGCUCAAUGGAUUGAAUGCCUGCCUGUGAAUCAAAAGAUUGCCAGUUCAAUUCCCAGCCAGGGCGCAUGCCUGGGUUGCAGGCCAGGUCUCCAGUUGGGGGUGUGUGAGGCAACCUGUCAAUGUUUCUGUCACACAUUGAUGUUUCUUUCCCUUUCUCUCUCCCUACCCCUCUCAAAAAUAAAUAAAACCUAAAAAAUAUUGUAUACUACUCACUGGCUUAUGAAAUUAUAAUUCCCACAGUGAACCUGUGCUAAAUAAAUUGCUGGCAAAGACAGAAAUCAGUCUCUGGGCACAACUUC